AAUUUUAACUUUAUCCGCUUUUUUUUUUCUUCUAGAUCUUCGCAUGGCUUGCUCCAUCCUGCUCACCAAUCACAACAUCCAAUGUAGAAAUCUCUUGUUUUCCCAGUUAUUUUUGCUGCUUAUUGGUUUAAUUCUUAUUGCUAGCGGAAAUGUUUUGGGGGAGACAUAAUUUAUAACUUACUCGAUCAUGCAAGAUUGGUAAGGAAAAGAUCAUGACGGCCCUGAAACCUAAAGGGAUCUCGAUGGGCCAGAAGCUUCAAGAAAAAAAACGGAGUCUGAAGAAGCGUUACUGUGUUUAGAGGUGGAGUGUUUGGAAGAACUAUUGCAAUACUAAAAGGUAGGAAUGACUAUUUGAAGUUAAUACUCAAGGAGUAUAUUAACACAAACAAGAGAAUCUUAUCAAAAUAGGAACACUGGAGAGCUGAAAUGGAGGCCCUUUCAUCCCCAUAUAUGCAUUGUUUCUUCAGAACUGAGAACCCAUUUGGCGAUGGUACAACCCAAUGCAAGUCCACACUCCGUCUCCUAACUCACAGUCGAAGGACUCUGGCCCAGAGAGUGGACAAAUCUUGCUUGGCUUCGGCCGAUCAAAUGUUUGAUGAAAUUCCUCUUUCAGACACCUUUGCUUGGAACAAUUGCCUCCAGACCCAUCUCGCUGACAAGAAUCCCUUCCUUGCUUUGUUGACUUAUCAGCAAAUGCUGCGUCGCGGUGUGCGUCCUGACAAGCACACUCUUCCCCGCAUUUUAACUGCUUGUCGCCUCUCCAGUAGCAGCUUAUUCUUUGGGAAGCAGGUUCACGGGCAGGCACUAAAACUCGGUUUCUCCUCCAACGACUACGUAAUAUCAGCCCUCGUGGAAAUGUAUGGAAUCCUUGAUAGUGCGAACACUGCAAAAUGGUUGCUUUGUAAUUCACCAGGCGGGAAUAAUCUAGUUUCUUGGACUUUGAUAGCUAAGUUGUACAUAUUGGAGGAGAAACCCACUUCGGCUAUUCAUGUGUUUAAUCAAUUGGUGGAAUCAGGAGCUAAGCUAGAUCCAGUGGCAUUGACAACUGCAAUUGGUGCCUGUUGCCUGUCAAAAUCACUGCAAGAAGGAAUAAGGGUUCACAAGAUUGCCAAGAAGUGUGGAUUAGAAUUUGAUCCUUUAGUGAGUAAUUCACUUUUGAAAAUGUAUGCGGACUGUGGAAGUAUCCAACAUGCUCGAGCAUUUUUUGACAAAAUGCCCUUGAAAGAUACCAUUUCAUGGACAGCAAUGGUCCAGGCAUACGUGAAGAAUGGAGGGUUCAAUGAGGGUCUUAAGUUAUGUCGGCAGAUGAUUGCGGAAGGGCUAAAACCUGAUUCUCUCACCGUAUCGAGCAUUCUUCCAGCUUGUGCAAGAGUAGCAGCUCACAAGAAUGGCAAAGAAAUUCAUGGUUAUCUUCUUAGAAAUGGAAUUGACUUGAAUCUUGCAGUUCAGAAUGCUGUUAUGGACAUGUACGUGAAGUCAGGAUUCAUUGAGUAUGCUGCAAAGAUUUUUAAAGGGAUGAAAAAUAGAGAUGUUGUUUCAUUGACUGUGAUGAUAUUGGGCUAUAGCCUUCAUGGACAGGGAGAGCUUGGAGUUGAUUUGUUCCGCGAGGUGGAGAAGAACUUGGGCGAUGAAAUGGACCAAACCAUCUAUGCUGCUGUGCUUCAUGCUUGUAGUACAGCAUGCAUGGUUGAGGAGGGAAAGUUCUACUUCAACUGCAUUAGAGCACCUCUGGUUGUACACUCUGUUUUAAUGGUUUCUCUACUAGCUCGUGCUGGGCUUUUUGAUGAGGCAAAAAUAUUUAUCAAGGAACGGCAGAUUGAAAGGAAUCCGGAUAUUUUAAGAGCAAUGCUGCAUGGGUGCAGAAUCCACCGGCAUACUAGAAUGGGAAAGCAAGUCAUAGAUCAGCUCUGUGAUUUGGAACCGCUUAAUGCUGAAAACUAUGUUUCACUGUCGAACUGGUAUGCUGAAAGUGGAAGAUUGGACAUGGUGGAUAAAGUGAGAAGAAUGAUUAGAGACAUGGGUUUGAACCCAAAGAAAGGUUGUAGUUGGAUAGAGUUGAAAAACAAAGUUCAUGUGUUUGGAACAGGGGACUUAUCCCACCCAAGAUCAGAGAGAAUAUAUUGGGAGUUACAGUGUUUGAUGAGAAGAAUGGACGAUGAAGAGAACAAGCAGAAGGUUUAUUCAGACUUCAGUUUCCACGACGUAGAGGACGAGCGAGAGUGCAUUCCAAUUGGACACAGUGAGAUGCUGGCCUUGUCGUUUGGUCUGAUCAGUACGCAAGAAGAGGCAACAAUUCGUUUAACCAAGAACCUACGGGUGUGCCACAGCUGCCAUGAUUCUGCAAAGGUUAUUUCUAAGAUGGUAGGACGAGAAAUCAUCAUAAAGGACCCAAACUGUUUUCACCAUUUUAAAGAUGGGUCUUGUUCAUGCAGGGAUAUCUGGUGAUUUUUGUUUCAUGUCUUGAAUCCCAGAUUCCCAGUUUUGAAGUCUUUUGUUUCAAGAAGCAGAAAGUAGAAACAGGGGACGCUGAAGUCCCAACCAAGUCGUGAGUUAGGAGACCAAAAAAAAAAAAAUUUUUGUAAGAUCAUUACAUUUGUGUCGCAGCGAAGGGGUAUUUAUUAUGUGUAAAAAAUAUCAAUGUACAGUUGGGUAAGAGGCUGGAAAACCAACUUUCACCAUGGAAAUUACACUUGAGAAACAGGACACAGUUAUUCGAAAAA